CCCACCAGUCGUCACACUGCUGUCGUAGUGAUCGGACGCGUUUCUAUUUCGUUUUUCAUUAUCAUCAUCGAAAGACAAUUAAACGUCACCCAACAAUCGAGUAAAACAAUUCAUCAGAUAAAUUGAAAAAUCUGCCGGCUAAUUAUAUUCUGGAAGGACUGGUUUAGAAAGUCUGAAGAAAUUUUUUUUUUCCACUGUAUCGCAAUUUCCCCUGUUUUCCUAUUUUUAUAGACAUCGGCUUUAUUUUUAAAAUAGAGAGCUCAAUGCCUGUCAUUGUUGAUGUGUCAGCUGCCAGUCGAUGCUAAUCAUUGGGCGGUUGGCCAAAAUUUUAUUUCAAAUUCGCUUCGAUAUGAUCCAAUAUGAUUGGCUCCGAGAAUUUAGCGAGUUACGAUGAUGUGACGCCAUGUUCUAGUGUCUAUUCAACCACGUGGGGAAAUAAUCUUUAUUGAUUCGGUGGAGAUUUAUACGUUUGGCAUUGGCUGCUACUGGUGUGAUGAUGAGACAGUGAUUUGUGACUUGUUGACUUGAGAGUAUUAAUGGUUUUUCAAAAUAUUGAAAUGAGGAAUCCCGGAUUCCUCCUGGAGGAUCCAAGACACGGUUAUGCACAAUAUAUCAGUUUAAGCGAAUGCUACUUUGCGGGAAAAGGAGCAGCGCUGAUACUCCCCCCGACUGAACGUGCAAGACCAUCACGUCGUGUCUCAGCAGCAGGAUGCGAUAUACAGCAGCAUCUCCAGUCAAUGUUUUGGCUGCUGCGACCCGAGGAAACCCUAAAAAUGGCUGUUAAAUUGGAAUCAGUUCAUCCGGGAAGAACGCGUUACCUUGUCGUUGUUUCAUGCAAUGGUAACCAGGAUGCAGAGGAGAGCUGCCUCCUUGGUAUUGAUUGUCAUGCACAGGCGACCGUUGGGCUCGUUCUACGAGUGCUCGCCGACACGGCUAUAACCCUCGACGGUGACGGGGGAUUCAGCGUCAGUGUGUGCGGACGACAACACAUCUUCAAACCCGUCUCGGUACAGGCCAUGUGGUCAGCACUGCAGACUCUCCACAAAGUCUCGAGCAAAGCGAGGGAGCAGAAUUAUUUUUCUGGUGGUUUGUCACACGAUUGGGUCAGCUACUAUGAGCAACGUAUCGCGAGUGAUCGCUCGUGUCUCAACGAGUGGAAUGCCAUGGAUAGUCUUGAGUCCAGGAGGCCACCAUCGCCGGACAGUGUCCGCACGAAACCCAGAGAACGCGAAGAAACUGAACGGGUGAUCCGUGCGACACUGAAGGAGAUAAUGAUGUCAGUGGAUCUCGACGAAGUGACAUCCAAGUACAUCCGUGGGAGGCUCGAGGAGCAGUUGGAUAUGGAUCUAGUUGAAUUCAAACCAUUCAUCGAUCAGGAGAUGCUGAUUAUUCUCGGUCAGAUGGAUGCGCCCACAGAGAUAUUCGAUCACGUGUACUUGGGAAGCGAAUGGAACGCCAGUAAUCUCGAGGAGUUGCAGAAAAAUGGCGUUCGUCACAUUCUCAACGUAACCCGAGAAAUCGAUAACUUCUUCCCAGGAAUGUUCAACUACCUCAACGUAAGAGUCUACGAUGAUGAGAAAACAGAUCUCCUGAAGCACUGGGACGAUACCUUCAAGUACAUCUCCAAAGCCCGAAAAGAGGGCUCAAAAGUCCUUGUUCACUGUAAAAUGGGUGUCUCUCGUUCAGCAUCAGUGGUGAUAGCCUACGCCAUGAAGGCCUACAACUGGGACUUCUCCCAAGCGUGGAAGCACGUGAAAAAUAAACGCAACUGCAUAAAGCCCAACUCCUCGUUUCUCUCGCAAUUGGAGACUUACCAGGGAAUUUUAGACGCCAUGAAGAACAAGGAGAAACUCCAGCGUUCGAAGUCUGAUACUAAUUUGAAAUCCCCGACUCGCCUCCAUCGUUCGAAGACGAAUCCUGAUGAUGAGAAAACACCCCAUCCCAUCCUGACAUCAUCCUCAGGGACCUAUCUCAAGAAAAGAGGCCAGAGGCCGAAGAGUUGGUCGCCCCACGUGGAGCUGCAGGAUAUACUCCCCGCAGUUACCCUGUCCCAAUCACUGGAGAAUAUUGACAAGACAUCGGGAGUAUCACGAGAGGACUUGCUAAGGCCCCAAGGCGCUCAAAAGCAGGGAAAUGUCCUCUGUCUGAUGCCCUGCGUCAAUGGCCAGUCUUACAGCGUCUCUCAGAAUCAAAUUGUCCACCUGGAGGGAUCGGAAACCCCAACAACAACCUCCAAGAUUCCCAAGAAGUUCGCUUAUUUCAACAAAUCUCCACAGGGACAAAAACGUCGAGGAUUGGUUCUCAACCUCACUAAUCAGUUCGAGGCAGCUGGCAGCAAGCCCGGCACCCCCGAGGACUCACAGGGAUCACCAGAGGGUGAUCAGAAGCCUCUCCAAAGGGAGAACUCCCAGAGAAGUCUGCCAGGAAAUCAACUUAGUGAUGAUAAAAACGUUAAAAUCAUUCUGAAUAAUGAAAUUAACGACUCCAAGAGAUUAGACGUGUCUCAGAAGUGGUGCAACAACACCAGAAGGCCCUCGAAGCAAGAGAGAAUCUCACCAACUGGUGGUGAUAAACAAAAACAAGAGCAGAAGGAUAAGAGUGAAAAUUGGGAGAAGCCUCAGAAGAGGAAAUUGAAGAAGGAGGAUCCAUUUUCAGCUCAUGUAGAUAAGGUUUUCGAUAGGGAGGAGCGACGUGAUCCCUCGAGGGAGUCACCCAGUCGUCAGAGCUCGUGGAGUUCUUAUGAUUCAGCUGUGGGCUUGGACACGAGUGUCUACACUUCCUGGAGUACUUUGCCAUCCAGGAACAGCUCCUGGGGAUCUUAUGACAUGAGGGGAGAUCCGAGGGAUCCUCUGGGGUCGAGUGGACUCUUCCCUUAUGACAGGGAAGAAAUUCCCUGGCAUCCGGGAACCGUCAAGAGGACGAAACAAAAACUGGAGGAGGGUAACGUCAAAAGGGUGUGCACGCAGGUGGAGGAUGACAAGAGGGAUGAGGUGUCCAGUACUGAUGGACUUCAGGAAGAUAUAAUGGGCUUCAGGGGUUCACCGACUCUUGGCAGACGAGGGGGUGGCAAGGGAGAGAGGCUGGCAGAGGGCUCUAGGGGAAUUGAGAUCAAGGAGAGUUUGAAUCAUCAGGCUGAUAGACUCUCCACGUCAGCCCCAGUGCCCUCCUCCCUCUUGGAACAUAAUGCCAUCGGUACCCUCAGGACCUGUAGAUCUGAGAGCGAGACAUCCAAUCAGGUAGUGGACACCACCCAGUGUCCGUCAGUCAAGCACCAUAAGAUGAUUCUUGAGAACUUGAGCAACAAAACGAAGAGAUGUUUUCCUGGUGAAGACUCGCCUGAAGUGAUCUCCUCCUCCUCCUCAUCCUCCUCCUCGUCGGAGGGCCACCGAGGUAUCCCUGGGAUUGUCAAGAAUCUCAAGAAGGAAUUCGAGGCGAAAUCCACCAGGUUCGAGCGCUCACCUGAGGGUACCGACGAGGAAAAGUGGUCCAGAAAAGAGGGAAAAACAAAAGUCCGAAGUCUUCCAUCAUCACCAGUCAUUGCUCACAACGACGGAAAAAUUCGUGUCAAUGUGGACGGAGAGGAAAGCCAUGGGAAGUCUGUGCUCAAGAGUAAUGAGGACCUCUCGGUGAGGGUUCUCGUUGAUAAAUAUGAGAAGCCUGGGGUGAAAAUGCGAGGGGAGGUCCACCCUCCAGCCAGGAGUAAAAUUGCAACUCAUGAAUUUGCUAGACGAUCAGCACCCGUUACCAUGACGUCUACGAGCUUCAUGGAGGAAGGGGAGAGAGGGAGGCCGCCUGUUGGGGGCUGCCAGGGGGUCAUCGCGACGGUUGUGGCGCAGGCUGCUAGCAAGAAACAGCAGCAGCAUGGGAGGACUCAUCCACUUGCUAGGCUGCAGGUCCGGCCUAGGCUGGGGCCUCUGUAUAAUACAAUGUAAAGGGAGGAGGAUCUUUAUAUAAGAUACCGAUGAAGGUCCGUGGGGUUGUUUAUGACUGAAGACCUCUUGAUUCUAGUAUUUUCAUCGGUUUGGGUUGGCUUCAAGGAUUCGAAAGAACUCUGAGGGAAUUCGAACACGUGUGGAGUAUAAAAAUGGUGAAUUUAGGGCCAAAGGAAUGGGAAAAUGAACGGCUGCUUCACUAAUUUCUGCAUUCUCUAAAGACUGAAUUAAAUUAAUGAGAGAUGAUGAGAAGAAAAUCAGUAAUAUGGAGAAAUAUUUUCUGAAGUCGAUGUGGAAAUGCAACCAUCGCGGAAGACGUGUGGUAUCCAAUCAAGAUGACAGCGUUCACAUCAAAUUAUCUCUACUUUCUUUAAUUCAAUUACUAGGGAGUCAAUAAAUUUUCCAAGCUGUUCUCACAAUUUUUUCAUGACUUUUGACUGGAAAAUUCAUGAUUUGAAGAUUUUUCAAGUUCUGAGAAGGAAGUUUUCAUUAAACAAGGGAACAAGAUAAAACAGGCAUCUUAUAUUAAGAGUCGACUGUUAAAUCUUCUAAACCUCAGACUCACGUCAACCAAAAUUUUAGAAAAAAAAUUGAACCAGUGUUCUUGAGAAAGGGAGGAGACUUACUGUCUGUGUGAUCUCUUCAGCGCCAUUUUAUUAAUGCACGAAUACUCAAGUACGGAGGGUCCACACACUAGUCCAUUCAUUAGUCAAGUGGAAAAUAAAACGAGUCGCUCUCUUUGCAAAAAAAAAAAAUCCAAAAUCGAUCUAGUGGGUGGACCAGGAAAGGAGAAGUACCUUUCGCUUAUAAUUUUUUUUCUCCGAUUUUAUUCAUUAUUUUUUACUACUCACUGAGUCUCAAUCCCUCACACUAAAUGGUUGGAUUUUAAGGGUUAAGACGCGUACAAUUGGAUUUAUCAAAUUAACAAAUUGAAAUAAUUCGUGAGCACUCGGUCAGGCUGUGAACGAUACGUCUGGGGCUCGCACCACGUGAUGAGAUAUCCAUAAAUUAUCUUUUAAUUUUGAAGUGUACGAUUAAAAUUUUAGUUAAACAAAGAAAUUUAAUGAGACUCGAGUGAUGGCAAAAUGAGUGAUUGAAGAAUCGUUAAAAAAAAUUUCAAAUUAUUUAUAGUGAAUAAUAAUUGUGAUCAGAUGUACUUGAAAGUGCUCGUGCGAGCAUAUGUUAGUCUUUUUUUCAAUUUUUUUUAAGCUUGAAAAGAAAAAAAUGUAAGAUUGAAUGAAAAUAAUUCGUGUAAAUAGGAGCGAAUGUGAUUGUUAUCACUUACUCUUUAUACUCUUUAGAUUAAUUAUGAUUGUCGUGAAAAAAUGGCUUUCGUGUUGAUAAAAAAAAACAAUUGUAUAGAUGUCCGUAGCAGAGAAUGAAAAUGGAAAAAAUGCUUAGUCGAUUUAAAACAUGACAUUUUUUUGUUUAAAUUAAUAAAUUAGAGAAAAUUGAACGACGUACAAUCUUUCCUAAGAAAAGGUAGAGGAAUAUUUUUCGAUGACAUAUCAAGAUUCCUUUUUCUUUCUUUUUUAAUGCGAAAAAAAUGAAGAAAUACAAUCGAAGAUGAAUUCUGAAAUAAUUUAAGCACACAUGGAUAGAUGGACUAUAUUUUACUACAAAAAAAUAGAAGAACCUAAUAAUAUUGAUUUUUUCAAAACCAAAAAAAUAACCCGCUGGGAGCAAAAAUGGUGUAACAAAAAGUCAUUUCAAGAGAUUGUCUUUGUGAAGAGCAAACAUUUUGAGAUGCGCCCUCAUGGACUCAACCACUACAUUUUUUUGUACCCUAAAAGCAAUUUUCUCUUUUUAUAACGAUUUUUUUCUCCUUUUAUUUUUGUUGUAAUCACUUGAACAGACACUAUUCGGCUACGUCUGUUGUCGACUGAUUAGUUUAAGUAGUUUGUCGCAAUUGAUUUUUUUUCGAUUCAUAUCGUUUCUCUCAAUUCGUUUUAAUUUUUUUAUGAGACCCACCAAUGAAGAGGAAUAGAUAAAAUGGGAUAGAUGAUUUCAAGUUGAUAAUGCGUGUGUGAGGGGAGAUAUUAUUUCUCUGCCAAAGGAUUAUGGAAAUUUAAUAGAGUGAAGGGAGAGAGUGAGAUGGAGAUAAGUGAUGAAAAAAAAAUACCGUGCGUUGUUCUGUAUAAAUUUUGUACCAUAGUUUGUAUGAAAUAAAGAAAAAUGAAAAUA